UUCAUUUUACAGCUCAACCUCCACAGCCGGCCCUGGCUGGAAGGGAGCUCUCCCUCCUCCCUGCAGCCCGUUGUGCUUUCAGACCCGACCUCACCGCCUGGGAGUGGCCCGCACCCACAAACCGGGAGCCCCCCGAGGCAGGGUGGGGCAGAUCCACCCCGGGCCGCAGCACCCAGCCGCGGCCCAGGCCCGGAGGAGGCCCCUGGUGAGGGUGUCCUGUGAGUGGGUGGGAGCACGAGGCUCUGCCACCCCAGGUCAGGACCUGAGGGACCAGACCGCACGGGCUGCGGCCUCGGCCUGGGCCUCCCCUCGCCUCCCUUCUCCCCACCCAGAAGGAAGCGGUGGAGAUGAUGGAUCAGAUCGUGUACUGGGUGCGGGAGGACCCGUUGGGGCUGGGCCGGCCCCGUCUCCCCGGGGCGCCGGCCUCCGAGUCCAUGGCGGUGCCCAUGAUGCUGCUCAACCUGGUGGACCAGCUCGGGGAGGUGGACGAGGAGCUGGCAGGCAACUACGCGGAGCUGGGGGACUGGUGUGCCUGGAGGAUCCUGCAGCACGUCCAGGCCUUUGUGUGUUUCAGGACAGAGACUUCGGUGGUGGUGGCAGGAUCUCCUGGUUGGAGAUGGCAGAAGUUGGCAGGUGCCUAGAAAAUGAACUUCAAGAAGGCUCACAGCACCAAGCUGGCUAUGGAAAGGUGUGGAAGAUACAUUUGGCCAAUUCUCACUAUCAGGGAAUGAACUUCUGAAAUUCAAUAAGAAUUCUGAAAUCUCUCUCCCGACACAACUGUUCUUAUAAUUUUGUUAUCCGCUCUCACCCUCCAGUUCUCAGGGUCCUCUUGCUGGUACAGGAGCCGUGGUCUCAGCUGCCUGCAGCUGGCUCCUUGUGUUCCCACGCUGUGUCCCUGCCUGCUUUACACCAGCGGGCGCAUGACACCUGGAUUUCAGAGGAAAAGUUUCAGUAGCAUGUUUUCCAGAAGGAACUUUGUACCUGUAAUUAACAGUUUGGACAAAUCUCAAAAAACCUUUGUGUUUAGUUACUAUAGCAGUCCUUGUGACAGAGAUUUCUUUUAAAAUUUUCAGAAAUUGUUUCCCUAAAGCAU